AUGAACGUCCAGGAGCUUGUGAAGCGCGAAUGGAAACCCAAUGCCAUCAUCAAUGAGGCCUCUUUCUUUCGCGACCCCGGGUUCUUCCACGCCUUUUCGGUUCUGGAGAAUGUCAAUCGAGCUCUGCUCGUAGGAGACCACAAGCAGCUUUCUCCGCCCACGUUCCCACCAGAGGGAGAACGCAUAAUGAACAAUAUCGACGUCGUCACCGUCUCUACAUGCCAACUUCAGAUGCCUACUAUGAUGGCCAAGUAG